CUAAACUUCUUCUCUUCUCGUAUUUAUAGGCCACCAUCUUGAUCUGCAUUUGAAUUCGACUUGAGCAUUUUGCCUUCUUGAAUUCAAAUCGAGCAGUUAUCUUUGUCUUCCUUACUUGUCCCACGUUUUGAACAAAGUAGUUAACUAACACUUUUCCCUUGUACCUCUCCUUUCAACUGCCUUUGUCAUAAUUCAAUUGCGGGUUUCUCGAAUCAUUGUCAACUUGUCACGCGUCCAUGACUACAAUCUGCGUCUAUUCGACCUGUCAACUGGUCCAUUGUUCGAUCCUUCUCCACGUGUCCUUAGUCCUUUCUUGCCAUCUGUAGUAGGAGUAUGACUUAAACUGGUCAAUAGUGGUGUAAAAAAUGCCCCUUAUUUACCUGAGUUAAAAAUUAACUCUGGUAAAUAUAUCCCUUAAACUCAUCGUCUAUAUAAAGCGUAGCAGUUCAAAAUUUAGGGCACCAAAAUCAUCUGCAGUGAACGAAACAACCAGACAUGGCUCCAAGAUCUAAGUCUUUGAAAUCACUCUCCGAAACUUCAACUGCAACACCAGAAGAAGCUGAAGUUCCUCGCUUCCCAGAUCAUUUCAGAGAUCAGGCAAGUCAUAAUUCUCAAAUUUUUAUUAGCGAGGAACAGAGUUCAAAUCACAUUUUGGGACCCGUUUUCCCUUUAGUGGUUCCAGAUGGGUUCUCAACUAUUUAUCCCGUAAUGGAAUGUGAUCCUCUCCUUUUACAAGGAUCAUCCCUUGAGUGGUCGGGAUGGGAUAGAGGCUCAUUUCUCCGGUCUUGGCCUUCCACCGUUGAACCAAAUUGGGUUCUUUGGGUAAAACGCAUGACCAAAUUUGUAUAUGAGGACUGGAAGAAGAUGGGUAUUCGUGAAACUAUUGAACUCUCUCAAUACCCUUUAGAGUUUAACCCUCGCUUACUAGCCGCUGCUGCUUGUUUUUGGUCAAAAUCCUCUAAUACUUUGAUUCUGUCAAGCGGACUAGUAUCGCCAACCAUUUUAGAUAUUGUACACCUAACAGGCCUUCCGUCGGUAGGCCUAGAUGUGAAUGCAUUGCUAACUCCUGAUGCUUACGACCCCCCUUUUGUUUUAACGACAAACAAAGGGCUCAGUUUUUCGACUUGGCUGGAUACAUAUUUUAUGCCAAGAGCAUCUGCUACACCUUCUCUCAAUGAGAAAAUUGCCUUUUAUUUGUUUUGGAUUUGUAGAUUUCUUCUGGCAGUCCCUGGUUUUAGAGUAACCAAAGAAUACCUCAAUCUUGCUAUCUGUUUGGCACAAGGCAAGAAACUAGCUCUAGCUCCCUUUGUUCUUGGAACCCUUUACAAAGGAAUGUUCACUUUUGUUGAUAAAAAGAUAGCAGAUUCCUGCGGUGGUCCCUUUUGGAUUUUCCAAGCUUGGCUUUAUGCAUAUUUUCCACAAAUCAAACCCAAAUCAGAGAAUGCUCUCAGGGCUGGUGAUGACAGAAAAACCUGUCGUAGUUAUGCUGAAUACCUCUUAGGAUUUGAAACCUACGGAGAAGAUUCAUCCUUUCAAAGGUAUUUUGCAUUUUUCUACGAAGAUAAGAAGGAGAACUGGCCUGUAUUUACCCCUUUCAGUCAGUUUGAGUAUGCAUCAAAAGAUGUAAAACAGUAUUUUGAAGACAAGACACCUCCAUCUGUCUCAUCUUCGACCAACUGUGCAGAAGACAAACGACUCUUUUGGGCAAGCAUCCUUAUUCCAAGGCUCAUCCCAGUUGGUUUUGCUUUGAAUAGCACCCCUUUUAGGAAUUGUAGUUUUGAGAGCUAUUCCCCUUGUCAAUUUGCUAGACAGGUUGGGUUAAUUCAAGGUAUCCCCCUGCCUUUUAUUCAUCCAGAAAUUAUUGAAAUAGCUCCAAAUAGACCUUCUCUCAAGUUGAAAGAUACAAAAAUCAUUACUUCAAUGGUGAACAACUUCCAUCAAAGGGUUCAUGAAUUUCAGCUUCAAGAUUUCAAAGCUGUCACUGGGACUACUUCCUCUUUUGAUAAUUGGUGGUCUAUCAUGAGAGCGAUUUAUUUCACCUUCCCCCUUCAAGAUUGUUUGUACAGGUUUGACCCAGAAUUCAAAGCCUUACAGGACAAAGCAGAUGCAGUAGCUCAAACAUCUGAGGACGGCUCAAAAGCCAUUAUUCCUCAUGCAGAAGACGUCAUUCCUAUAUCCUCAGUCCCCAAUGAGAAGAACUACAAGAGGAAAGGAAAGAUAACUUCAAAGAAGUCAAUAACAGCAAAUGAGCACACCAAAUCACCCCAAAAAGCUGCAUCGGCUGGUCGAAUUCAAACUAGGCCCAAAAGGUCUACCAUUUCUGAUAAGCCUAAGAAGGGGCCAGCACAAACUAGUCCUUCAGGACCUCUUGCAAAGUCAAAAUUAGACAGGCUGACCGACUCCUUGGUUGCAAAGAAAUGCCUUUCCAAGAAAACCAAAAGAACACAAAUCGUGAAUGCAUUUGAAGAAGAAGAAGAAGAUACCUCAAGGUCUUCCAAAAUCCAGAAAACUUCUUCAUUUAAAAAAGAGACUGAUGUCACUGAGAAGGAAAUUGAUUCCUUUGUCUACCAGGACACUACAUCCUUUGACCCUUUGACUCAGGACACUGAGAAGCUAAUGCAUGCAACCAACACUCCAGAUCCUGUUUCUAUAGAUCAAAUCUCUAAAAAUGAGCAGUUUGACAAUCCUUUGCUGGGAAAAGACAUAUCAAACACUGUUGAACACAUUCAAAAUGAUUUGGCUUUUCCCAAAGAUGAACUAGUAUUGCCAGAUCCUGGGAAACAAGUGAUCUUGAGUCCAACUCCCAACCGACCAACAGGUGAUCCACCAAAUCCUUUGGGAGCUCGAACAAAGGCUGAACCUAUAUCUGAAGGCAUGGAAGAAUGCCAAGAUGCCUUGACAGUUAACAUUCCUAGCCAACCCAUCAUCAUGGACACAAAAGAUGUUGCUUCUAGUCCUGGGAAUCCAAAUGACAAAAUGUUAUCUCCUCAGCCCAUUCUCAAAACUAUUACUGUGGGAACCCACCUUAUGGCAUCUCCACAAUCAGUAAAUAGAGUGGAUAAAUCUUUUGCCAAGGAAAACAGUUCAUUUCAAACCAAGUCAUCAAGUGAAGAUUUAGAUCGACUACUGGAUGAAGUCAAAUCUGCUUCGCAAGCUUUUCUAUCCCUAACUCAAAUUCCUGAAUCGAGAACUCCUCUUAUGUUUGCUCAGUUUAGUAACGAGACUCAGGAAGAAAUCAAUAAGUUUUUCGACCAUCUAAAAGCUCCUUUUGAUCAGAUGGUAAUGGGGGGACCUGCAACUUUUGUGGACUGUGUCAAUAAGCUAGUCCAAAGGCACGUGUUCCCUCUCAAAGAGCAGAUAGUGCUGGAAAAUUUUUCAUCCUCGCUAGAUGAUACCAUCAGUUUAUUCCGAUAUCAUGAGGAGGAAAUUAACCAAAAGCAGAAGCUGAUUGAUCAACUUUCUGGGAUUUCUAUCAAGCUGACAACAGUGCAUGAUGAUCUGUUGACUUUGAAGUCAGAACUCCUUGCAAUCGAUCAAGAAGAAGAAAAGCUUCUCCUUCGACUGGAUCAACUUCGAUCCAAAAGGAAUAUUCUCUUAACAGAAAAGGAUCGAUAUACCCAGGAUUUCAAACACCUUUCAGAUGAAGGGAGAGGUGUCUAUGCCCAGGCUUCUGUUGCUCGUGCUGAUCUACAAAGAAACAGCCUCAAACGAGAUGAAAUUCUGGCUAAGUGGGCCACGUUCAAAUCUUUUUUCACCCAUGCUCAGCCUUAAUAUUUGCAGCAAGCUUUUCUGUAAUUUAUUCUGCAGACAGUAUCUUUGUGACUAGAUUUUGACUCUAGCUUAAGACUUUAAUUCCGUCUUCAAGUUUGCCAAAAUACUUUGUUUUAU